UUUUAAAUGUAAUCUACAGAUGAGGGAAUUGGAUUUGAUUAUGAACAAUUCUGGUUGUGCAUUUUGCACACUCGAACCUCCGCCUGAUAUUCUUCACAUUCCACCGCCACCGUUCCCGGCUAUUCUUCAACAGAGUUCCGAUUUUUAUCCACGUACGGAUUUGUUGACGUUUUUACCACAUCUCAAUGACAGUCCAUGCAAGCAUUUCUGCGAUCGCCGCUACGAAGGAGUUCAAUACAUUGAAAUGCCACAACAAGGCACAAUUUUCGAUGACACGUGGCUCUUGGUGUUAAUAUCAUCUUGUGUGGGUGUGAUUUUCAUAGGGGUAAUGUUGGCGAUAUUGCUGCUGAAAUGCAAAUUUAAUAGAAGUGGUAAGAACGGGGCAAUGUCCAUGCCGAACGCGAGCUCUGGUGCGCAAACAAAGAAUGGAAGAAUUCAAAACGAAGCUGUUCUUUAUCCGUGCACAACCGACGCUAUGCAAGAUAGCCGUGUUAUGUGGGCGACUCUGACACCAAGGGGUACCACCAGACACUAUUUAGAGGAACACACCUAUGAAACAAUCGACAGUGGACAAUUUCACAAGCGUGCCUGUUCAACUACACCAACUGAACAUGUAAAACUCAAGACAUAUGCAGACCCACCAGUUACCACCCCAAUUCAAAACCGGCCGAAGGAUGAUAAAGCAUUUGAUAACACGGCAUUCGUAGAUUAUGAAGAACCGCUGUCAAUAAAGACUGAUUAUUAUCAACUCAACGAUAUUUUGGAACCAAACGAUUCAGGUAUACUUACGAUCCAACAAAGAGGAACGUUACGACCUCAUGUCAGCUCGCCGACAAGAAUCGAACAUCCAAACUUACCUCCCCUUAAUCUUCAUCCACACAAACGAUCAUUUCGGAAAGGCUCAACCACACUACAAGCGUCAGAUACAUUGCUAAGACGCAGUAGCAUCACAUCAACCACCUAUAUUCCUACCAUAUAAACUCAAUGUCCGAUCGUUUUUAUAUUUAAAUAUGCUUAUAAUAAGCAGCAUGUACAACCUAAAUUAUCGAUUUGUUAUCUUCGCAUACAUCUAAUAGCGGCGUAAGUUAAAUAAAACGACAUAGUCGUUCGCUGAUAUCUGUUAAUUAGAUGUACAUUCUAUCUAUUCAUUUAAAAUCUACAUAAUUAAU